UUGUAUCUCUGUAUCUUAACACUAUCACAGCUGCUAGAAGGACAGGGGGAGCAAUGGCUGAUACCAUAGCUGACACAAGAAGGCUCUUCAGUAAGCCCCAGAAUUUAAAUGAUGCUUAUGGACCCCCGAGUAAUUUUCUAGAGAUUGAUGUGAGCAACCCCGAGACCAUUGGGGUCGGCAGGGGAAGAUACACGACGUAUGAAGUCAGACUGAAGACCAACCUCCCCAUCUUCAAGCUGAAGGAGUCCAGCGUACGGAGGCGGUACAGCGACUUUGAGUGGCUCAGAGCAGAGCUGGAGAGGGAGAGCAAGGUGGUUGUUCCACCUCUCCCAGGAAAAGCACUUAUCCGGCAGCUUCCAUUUCGAGGGGAUGAUGGGAUAUUUGACGACUCAUUCAUCGAGGAGCGGAGGCAGGGUCUGGAGCAGUUUCUCAAUAAAGUGGCGGGUCAUCCUCUAGCUCAGAACGAACGCUGCCUGCACAUGUUUCUACAGGACGAGUCUGUGGACAAGAGCUACACCCCGUCCAAAAUCAGACAAGCCUGAAAAAAUACAAAUCAAAAAAGAUGGCUUCGCUUGGCCUGGCCUGGCUCAGCCUCAACAAUCCAAAGCUCUCUUCACUGCUCCAGGUUUCUCUCAGACAAAAAAACAACAAAAAAAACAUUUUAAUGACAUCUUCCCCCCUCCCUGCACCCCACCAAAAUAAUAUCGUUCACUGCCUCUUUUAGUUGAAUUAGUGAUCCUGAUCAGUGUUUGUUUUCACUUUCUAAUUGGAGUCAAGAAUGUUCGACACAUAGGUGUGGUUGAAAGUAAUUUAUAGUAAUUUCUCUAUGUCUGGAAAUGCCACUAACAUGGAUAUAUUAUGUAUUUAUCAUUUAGCUAUAUGUCUUGAAUAUAUUCGUUUAUAUAGUAACAUUGAACAAGUGUUCUAUGUACGCAAGCUCUUGUAAAGACACCAAGCAUUUCCCCUUGUUUAUAUAUAUACAGUAUAUAAAUAUAUAUGUCCUGAUACUGGCAUGUUGCUCACCAUAACUAGCAACUUUUCACACACACACGCACACACGCACAUGCACAUGUAUUUGAUGGGCCUCAACUUUCAAAUCACACUUAAAAAAAGGAAGCAUGUGUGUGUGUAUAUCAGCCAGCACCUGCCCAGUUACCACGAUGAUUUUCUAGUAAGAAAGGCCGAAUUCACACAGAGGGAACUGCAGUAUUUCUACUGGCUAUAUGCAUUUUGAGAUUUGUAUACUGCUGUGCCAUUUUUGUUUAUUUUGAAGAUUUUCCAAUAAAAUAGGUGAAAUGUCUCCACA